AUGCUGACUCGAGAGAGCCUUUCUGCUUUACUUGAUAUCUCGCGUGAUCCAGAUUUCGGCCCUGCGAUUGAGUGGAUCUCCAUCAGUACCGAUCAUUUGGUCUCUGCGGAGGCUGUUGCUGAUCCGUCAAUAUUCGUUGAGAAUCCCAUCUGGCCUAGCUCUCUUCAAGGUGUCAGCCCAGUAAAUGGAUGUGAAGACUACUUGGCUGACCAAGAAGAAUUUCACAGACUGGGUCUGGACACAACAUUCCUAGCUCAGGCCUUGCAAAGUGCAACUAACUGUCGAAAUAUCAUUAUCAAUGGGGAAGACAAGCCCUGGGGGGCUGUGAUCGUCAAAGAGAAGACUGGCUAUUUCCCUCCAAUUGGCACCGAUUGGGACGAAGACUGUGAUCAUGUUCAACGAGCUGUUCAUGUUGUGAUAGCUGCUCUUGCUGCCAGCAACACUCAGGUUGAGCUUCUGGGAUUUAAAAGUGAAUUGCCUCAAAAAACGGUGACUCCAACUAUGCUUGACCUCCCUGGAUUUUGCCUCAAUCCAACGCUGCCUUGGAUCAAAUCCUUGAAGAAUCUCCAAAUGAGCAUUAGCUUCGAAUUGGACCCGGAAAAGGAGGCCAAGGCUCUUGCUAAAUUCGUCAUGCUAUUUCCAGGACUGACGUAUCUGACAUUCAAGUUCCCGGAUAUUCAUGCGCACGAUGAGAACGUUGCUGCUCUAAGUCGACACCUAAAACUCCCGUCCAUUCAAACUUUAAAAUUUGACGGGUCAGAUUGCCACCCGGACAUUCUGUUGAGCUUUCUUCACGGACUGCACCCAGAGGAACUCUACCUUGUGAAUGUCGAUUUCGGGAUAGAAGGAACAUGGCAACCUUUUCUCGCUCGAGCCCGUGACGAGCUCAAUCUAUCAAAAUUCUACAUGGAAGAAUGCCAAGAAAUGAGCGACGAGAUAUGGUUUGGAGAGGGCGAUCACUACAUAGCGCAAAGGAUGUUCUUGGAUACUACUGGGGAAGAUUCAGACCCAUCUUUACUAUGGAAUCGUCUGAUCAAUGGAAUAAGGCGAAGUCUAAAUUUAUGGGACCCCUCAGGCAAAGUACAUCUUAUUCGUUAG